AUGCCCUUUACUGCUCUGCCGCCAGCGUCGCGCAGACUACUCGCAGGUCGUCCGGCCCCGGGGCUCCCUAAGUCGCUGUUCACUCUUAACCCCAUCCAAUGGCCCUUUUGUCACCGUCGCUGGAUCAAUGGCGGCACGGACAGUGCCAAAUCAACAGACAAUUUCCAACCAAAGAGCAAUGUCAAGAAGCGAAGCCGUUCCAAACACAUCAAAAUACUUCAUUUUGUGCGCCAGCAAGCUAGCAAGCGCAAGACCAAGACGAGAUACAAAGCUCCUUCUGUAGCCCUUGUCAGCGCUUUGGAGAAGGCCAGUAUAUCGCAUGCCACUCCCAAGGUUGUCCGUGGGAAGGUGAAUUUGAGCCAUGUCAGGCCAGAUUCCUUCUUCAAACCUAGGCAUCGGGGACAGAUCCAUCCCCUCCCGGAGUACCGCCAGGCAAUGCAGUCAUUGCUGGCACACUACAUCAAGACCGUCCAGUCCGGGUCAAUGAGCGAAGCCGAUUAUUCAAUUAAUCCUACUGAUGAAUACUUUCUUGCAUCAAAGGGAUAUUCGCUUGAUGAUAUUAAAUUAUGGGCAAAAAUCAUCCUGCAAAAGGAUUCCUAUGCCGCUGCGCGGAUGUUGGUCGCUGGAAGCGGAGAAGGGGUUUCUGGCACCAAGCAAGUUCCCUUCUCAGUCAUGCUCUUUCUUUUGCGGAGACCGCAUAUUUCAGAACGAGCGCUUCGGCUACUUGUACAACACAGCCUCGAUCGUUUGGAAGCUGAACGAAUUGCGCUCCAAAAAGGGGAGCUUAUGACGGAUGAGAAAACCAUAUUCCUUCUCUUCAUUCGUCUUGUCCGCAAGGCCCGGGAGGUCUACCCUGAUGCAAUUGUGGAAAUUACUCGGUUGGUUACAGAAUACAUCAAUGCCACUCACGUAGGAACCAUUCGGCUAGAUGCUGCCAAGUCUACCAUACCGGAAGAGAGGAUGCGCCAGAAGAUAAUACGCUUGACACUCUUGUACAAUCGCGUCCUUACCAUGCUGUCUUUGCCUCCUUCGAUCGAACCUUUCGCGUCCGCUCCGAUCAUGGAAAGAGCACAGUUUGAUGUCCUUCGACGGAUGGCAGUUUAUCAGACGCCGCUCACGAUCAACCAGGAUGGUUUCAGAGCCGUGACUCGCGUCCAACUUUCCCACAAGAAGUCCGAUGCGGAACGUACAUGGGCGCAGUUGAAAUCCAAAUCGUGGCCUCCCUGGAAAGAAGAUAGGACCGCUAUGGACGCGGAGAUAGGACCAGAACAUGGUGUGUCCCGCGCCGGCCAGUCAAUUAGCCGGAUGCACGAGGCGGGGUAUCCGUCCUAUCGCUGGGAUCGGGCCAUGGGCGUGUACGCUGGUUGGGACGAAGACCGCAGCCCUACAAUCCAAAAACGUGCCGUCUUUGGAAAAGUACCCAGCGCUAUUGUCACGGCGCGACAUGAGGCUAAUGAUACCAAAAAUUCCACGUCUGUCGCGGCUGAAGGGUCUACGAACACUGGCUCCUACAACGAACUGCAGGCGAUGUGGGUUGCGAGGAUUAGGACAACGCGAACCUUGGAAGAAGCCUGGGCUUGUUUCCUGUCCUAUGACGCGUUGCCCAUCCGGCAGAGUCAAAUGGUUUACGAGGUCAUGUUCGAAAAGAUUGCGUUCGAGCAUCAGCGUGAGGGAUACGAACGGCGGCUUGCAGAGAGUGGGAAAGAUGCAGAAUGGUUUUCUGGUGUGAGCAAUGCGCUACCUGGCGACGGUAUGGAAGUAUGGCCCACGCCUGAAUCGCCGCACGAACGACUAGACCCGCGCCUUGCCCGGCCGACGAUAAAGCUCCUCCUCGAAAAGAUGAAAGCUGCGGGUAUUUCGCCGGGUGGAAAAUGCCUGGCGUUGGUCAUCGAAACGGCGCCGACCAUCAAUUUUGCCCAUGGCAUGUUAAACAAGAGCAAGGAUCAUCGUCGACUUUUGAAGGCCGAACCCUCCCAUGAAGAUCUCAUACGCGUCCCGAAUCCCCUUUUCCGCGGCUACAUUGCACUUCUCUGUCGCCUUUGGUUCAUUGAGGAUCGUACGCCUUAUUCGACAUCCCCUCAGGCUCCUCGUCAGAUGAUCCACCGAGCAAUCAUGCUUCUCGAUUGCCGCAAGUUCAGCAACCAACCUAGCUGGAUUGCCGUUCUUCGCGCCUUUGUACGACAACACAAACACCACCCCACGGAUGACGCUUUUCAUCUCGUUCACAUGACGGUGGCUGCCAUGGAGCGUGCAAAGGUUGAUUUGCGCAUCGAAGGCUUCCAGCUUGUGUGCCAAGCAACCAGUCGGCAUGCUAUUGCCCGCGAAAGACGGUUUUCCGACACGGAGACUACAGAUGAGGCGCCAUCGGACAGCGACGCCUCAGACGCGCAACAGCAGCUAACAGCAGCCAACGGGGAAGAUAGCCGGUACCUGCGUGCCUUGUUCAUCCAGCUCGUAGGCACUGACGAUCCGGCGUGGAAGCCACAGCGGCGUGCUGGCACGGGCGCCUUGGCGCUGCUCACGACGCCUAGACCUAGCGUUUUACAUGACUACAUCCGCGCGUUGGGGAUGCUGCGUGACUGGGAGGGAUUGUUGUCAGCUGCAAGUUUCAUGGCAGAGCAUGGCGCGCGGCUCGUCAGACACGCGAACGAAGGCGGUGUCGGCGGCGAACGGAGGAUGCGGCUGCCGGUGGUGGCGCUCCGGGUGUUUCUCGAGCGAAGCUGGGAGGAGACGGAACAGGUGAUGGGAGCGCCGGAGGAGGUGGUCAUGUUGGCGAGAGAGCAGGUGCAGCGGGCCAAGGUCCUGAAGGGGUGGGCUAGCGAUGAGGAGGUAGAUGCGUACAGCCAGAGAAUGAAGAAUGAUUGA